CCGGGUGCCGCGCACUACCUCGGCGCCUCUCAGUGGACACCGGCGCUCCGGAUAGCAGGGAGAAGAGGUCGGGCCAGAGUCCGCGCUUACAAGGUCCGCCGGCGUGGGAUGGUGGCCCGCUGGUAGCUGCCGCUGGCAACGGACGCCGAGGGCCCACCUCGACAACACCAAGUGUCGCACGCAAGCCCUCGCCACCAGCCAUGGCCCCGCUCGCUAUCUGCUUGGUGUGGGCGUGGCUGCUGGCGGCCGCCCCCGCCGCCUCCGAGGUGUGGGUGCGCCUCCCGGACGGCAGCCGGCUGCUGGGCGCCGCCACCUCCACCGCCAGGACGGGGCGGCCGGUGUACGAGUUCCGCGGCGUGCGGUACGCCUCCGCGCCCUCCAGUGAGCGCUUCAAGCACUCGCAGCCGGUGGGUCCGCUGGGCGAGUACAACGCGACGCAGUUCGCACCGCCCUGCCCGCCCGCCUUCAGCUGGUCCAACGACUGGUUCACCGACCCCGACCCGGAAGUUCUCGCCAACCUGCGGCAGCCCGCAGAGGACGAGGACCAAGAGGACUGCCUCUUCCUCAACGUCUUCACGCCCACGCUGGACCCCGGGGCGCGGAUGGCGGUGCUGGUGCACAUCCACGGCGGCUCCUACAUCGCGGGGUCGCCGCUGCUGGCGCGGCCCGGCUUCAUGCUGGAGCACGACCUGCUGCUCGUCACCGUCCAGUACCGCCUCUUCGUGCCAGGCUUCCUGUACGUGGGCACGGACGACGCGCCGGGCAACAUGGGCCUGCUGGACAUGACGACGGCGCUCAGCUGGGUGCAGCAGAACAUCGCCAGCUUCGGCGGCGACCCCGGCCGGGUCACCAUCUCCGGGGGCAGCGCGGGGGCGGCCGCCGUAGAACUGCUCGCCUACAGCCCCGUCGCCUCGCAGCUGUUCCACCAAGUGCUGCCGAUGAGCGGGUCUGCGCACGCGGCGUGGGCCAUGGAGAAGCCCGAGGACGCCAUCAGGGCGGCGAAGAACAUCGCGCGCCUCGCGGGCUGCAACUCGACCAGACCCGAGGAGAUGGUCGGCUGUCUGCGCUCCGUCCCCAUCGCAAAUCUCUCCGAUAUUUACAUGGAACACGCAAUGUCGUUCUGGGACAACGACGUGGACACGCUGGUGGGCGUGACGCCGGUGGAGCAGGACAGGCGGCUGCGCUCCCCCGCCGUGCUGCCUGCCUCGCCGCGGGAGCUGUGCGCGCCCUGGAGCGCCUACCGAGGGCGGCCCAUGAUGGUCGGCGUCACCAAGCACGACGGACACUUCUUCGUGGGCCAUGGCCUUCACGUAUGGAUGAACUCAAAUGUGACGGAGAGAGAGCGGCUAUACCGGAUGCAGUCCUUCCUAAUGGAGAGCCUGAAAACUGAGUACGACCCGGUGAUCGCGGACGCCCUGUACGAGAAGUACUUGAAUGGCUAUAACAGGACCGAGGACAUAUUCAUCGCCCUGACGGACUUCAUCGGUGCGGCUAAAUUUAAAGGUCCCAUGAUAAAGUCAGCCAACUGCAACACAAACCACGGUGGAAGGACGUAUGUGUACACGCUAAAUCAUGUGGGCCAUUUCCCCAAUCAAGCUGUCGAACAUGGUAUGGAUGUGCUGUACCUUUCACCCAGGUCAGACUUCAGGCUGUCUGAAGAAGAUGAAAAGGUUUCGAGGAGGCUCGUUCAUCUGCACGCGAACUUCAUCAUCUAUGGGGACCCGACGCCGAACACGAGCCGGGUGGACGGCGUGCCGCAGUGGCCGCCGUACGAACCCCGGGGCGGUCCCUACCUGCGCGUCGACUGGCCGUUCCGCGUGCAGCGCGACUUCGAGGCGCGCGAGUUCAACGUGACGCGCGCCGAGGGCAUCGGCAGGUCCGGCAGCCGCCGCGCUGGCGCCACCGUCGCCGUGCUCGUGCUGUGCGGGGCGCUGCGGCAGCUCCUCUCGCGGUGACCGGCGCAACGCAGCCAAUGGGGCGGCUCUGCUGCCCGCCACCGUACGCAAGUCUCGCAGCGUCUGGAGACGGAGAUCCACAGCAGCGAGUGUCGUGAAGGCUCAGUCAGCAGUGGCGUCGUGAGCUGUAGUUAACGCCAGGGAGCUCAGUACUAAACUGGAGAGACUACUCCACGAGGAGAUGCCGUUACGCACGACGUCGAUGUGGGAUUGCAUCCUUCCACACCUACAAAACCUAUAUCCUACCUAUGCCAAUGUUGCACAGAUGUCCACUCUACCAAAGCUCUGUCACUCCAUCCAAAUAAUUAAACACGACAGACUCCACCUCACUUUCCUCAUCCCUUUACCUUCCCCAUGAGUCCAUUUACCAUCUCACUGAAUUCCCACUCUCCUCACAUUGAACACUACUAUCUGCAAACUUGACUCUAACAACUGUAUUGCAUAGCCUAUAAUUUCCAAUCCCAAUAUGCUGCCACUCCCGUACCAAAAAUUUCAGUCGACUACCUCUCCUAAAGAAUGACAGAGUGAGAUAGCGCAGCGAUAAAACACUAGACUUGUAUGCGGGAGAACGGCAGUUUGUUUCCUCAUCUAACAUCCAGAUUUAGAUUUUCCGUGACUUCCCUAAAGCACUUAAAGCGAAUGCCAGGAUGGUUCCUUUGACAGGCCAGUGCUGAUAUCCUUAGUCAGAGCUUGCAUUCCACCUCUAAUUACCUCAUUGUUGACAGGAUUUCAAGUCAUAAUCUCUUCCCAGACAAUGAAACUCACUCCAGUAAUUAUCCAUCCUACUAACUAAAACUCUUUCCCUCCUGCAGCAUACACUCAUCUCCUUCCCCUCCUCUUCCUCCCAGGUGUGGCUUCUCCUUUCCCCUUUGCUCUCCAUCUUCCCUAUCUCUUCCUGCUCACACUAUGGCACUGUCCACACACCAACUCCUACUCCCUUUCUGUCUCCCCACCAUCCACUCCAACACCUAUUCACAUCUCUGUCCACCUGAUCCCUCUGCUUAUACCCACACAUCUUAAAACACUACAGAACACCUUACAUUCCCAUCCAUUAAACACAUUUCUCUAGUGGAGCUCCUUCAGUUUUAAUGAAAGCACAGAGCUUCUUUUUAAGAUCAGCAGCAAUCUGCCAAGUCUUUAAAUAUCUUUUUUUGUAUCUCAUAGUUUUUGAAUCUAAAGCAAAAAUUGGGAAAGUUUACAGUGAAAUUUAUGGAUGUACCACUAUGCAAAUUCUUCUUUAAUUAAUUUUAAAAACAUUUGUAAAUAUUUCACUUGUGUAUUAUGUUGUUUCUUCUUUAUAUGUUGUUAAACUUUUUGGUUGGAGAAAGGCUUGAUGGCAGUGAAUUUGAUUUUACUGAUACUAUCCAACAAUGUCCCAGUUUAAUUUCUAGUUCACUGUUAAUAUUGAUUUGUAUCUGCGAGUUCUCCUCUGCAAGAUCAGUUUCACAACUGUUAUGUUCAUUUUCAGAUGUAAUUUUCAUUAUAUUGCUGAAAAUCUACUGUAAUCACUUCCUCAGAAAUCUUACUUCUGUACAAGAGAGUUUACCUUCCACUUUACAUAUCGGAGUCAUGAGACAGCAUAUCAAUACCAAAUGGGGGAAGCAGUAACCUCAUAACUUUUUCAUAUGAUUAUUUCACCAAAUGAUUUGUGAAGAUUCAAUAAAUCAUUUUAAUGUGACCACCUUUGGAUCCUGAUAGUCAUUUCUGAUGGAAACAUUUCUCUCUCUAUGCCUACAAAAAAUAUCUGUAUAUGUCAUUAGGCAACAAAACUACUCAAUCAUUGCUUAUUUUCCAGUGCCUACUUUAUACAUAAUCCUAAAUAAUCAACCUAAAUAAUAAAUCAAACUAGUUGCAAACAAUGAAAAAUGCUUUGAUGUUAAUACAAUAACAGAUCCAAAGGUCUUAGGUUCAAUCCUCAGUUAUUCCUACAAUUUUUACUCGUAACAUAUCAGUUCCUUCAUGUUUGGCAAUAUUUUUUAAUGCAAAAAAUGCCUAAUUGUAGUGUUGUUUGGAGACCAUAUUAAGCUGUAGAUCCCUCUGUAAUUGGUUGGGUCCAUCUGUUCAAAGGCCAGAGGCAGACAAUGGCACAUAACCACAUAACCACCAGUAGGAACAUGCCUAAUAAAGCACUGUGGUGUUAAAACCACGCUUUGGUUGAUAAGAGCUGGGGACAGGUUGAGAAGGACAAAGGAGGGGAUGGACAGUGUGAGGCAGAGGACGAAAUGGACAAACAAAAGGAGGGAGGGCAGGGGAGAUGCAUGUGGAAGGUGGAAGGUGUAGACGGGUAGUGAGCGGGCAGAAAAGGAAGUGGAGGAGAGGUGCUGAUGGAAAGAGAGAGGGACAGAAGGAUGUGAUCAGAGAGAGAGAGAGAGAGAGAGAGAGAAUUUUUUUUUUUUUUCAUUGCAAUACACAACUAAUUACAACUUUGUGUCAAACAUUGGCAAAUGUAAUUACCUAGUCUGACUGAUUUUCUGUUGCCAAUGGUCGACAAAACUGAAUAAACUAGCUGCAUCAUCAUAUUUCAGCAGCUGUAAAUUAACUGUUGGUUAUUGUAUGUAAGUAGCUCUAUUUUACAAAAUGAUCAUUACAAAUGAUGUCAUAUUAUUUUGAUGGUCUCCAGUAUUCCCUGAGUACAGGAUGAAUAUAGUUUUUGUUUUGUUUUUAAUUCUUGGUGCAAAUGAGGAUUUCUAAAAAUAUUUUACAUUUCAUAAUAGCAUUAUUUGUUUUUCUCAAAGAUAAUUUUCUUGCAGUUAUAUAGCAUAUGGAACUUCAUUGUGGACAUAAAUAUCACUUCCUGUUAUCUGUUGAUUACUGCAUCUAUAUGUUACACAUCUUGACUUUUUAUAUCAAAUUUAAGAGUAACAAUCAUUUGAAAGUUGUUAACACAAACACUACUAACAACUCCAAAAUGGUCCUCACUAGUAUGACGCAUCCAUAACUUUUUUUUCUGGAAGAUUACACCUGUGAUUUCUCUCUCCAGUUUAUAUUGAGUUAACUGAUUUCCACAACUGAGCUAAAAAUUCUAGUGACUCAGUUUUCAAUAUGGCCUCAACUGGAAAUAUAUUGCCUGCCAUUACAGUGUGUUAACUUUAAAUUGGUGUAUCAGCUUCCUAGUUCUGAACUGGUAGAAAUUUACAGAAGUUGGAAGUGCUUGGCUGAUAGUCAGCUUUUUUGGUUAUAGCCAGUGUUAGGUAGCUGGCAGUACUGGGUGAGAUAUCCAUUGUUGUCUGCUUGUUAAUUAGUUGUACCUCAAACUGUUUCCUUCCCUUGUGAUAAGUGUACAUAACUGUUGAAGUUACGAUCUUAUUAAACAUGUUAAUAUGUAAGACAAUUUCACUUUCGAUUACAAAUAACAAUUAAGCAAUUUUUACCUCAUUCUCUGACUACUUCUUUCAUGGAAGCAUAAACGGCAGGUAGGGGUACUAACAUCGACACAGGCAGGCAUGGCUCGUUCUCCCCUCAUUGCAGUAUAUACGGGAGCCGGGCUUCUUUUCCUCCACUUUCCGCUACCCCCUCAGGCAAUCAAUUACUUUAACAAUUAAUGCCAUAUACUUUAUAGAAGUAAAGCUGCACUAAGGACUAAAUAGGAAGAAUAUAAAUAAAAAAUAUAGUGUUCAAGAAUGGAUGGCAUGCACAAACAUGUGAAUAUUAAACACUAUUAUCAACAAUGUUGUUAAUUAUUCUGUACCAAAUAAGGAGCUACGGGUAUAAUGUUUUAUGCAAAUUUAUAAAAACAGAUCUCCAUUCAUUAAUUUUGUCUUUAAGUACUAAGUAAGAAAUACAGAUGGCGUUUAGAUUUUCAUGUCCCAAUAAGAUGGUAAGUCCAAUUGAAAUUAUUGUGCACCUAGCCUACAGAAAGUUGUCUGCAUACUCCAUUUAUGAGCAGAUUGAAGUGCCUUUAUCAGAAAUUAGAUAUUCUCCCAGUAGUGAACAACAUGGUCUCAGUCACUGUAGUUCUUUAAUUUUCUCCUCUUUUAAAAAAGAAGAGACUGGGAAACUACAAACAGUCUUUGUUAUAUGCCAAUCAAUUGUACUUAUCUAACUAAAAUGUAAUUUAUAUAGGAGCAUGUCUUUUCCACAGGGCACUGCACGAAUUGAUUAUAAUGGGCCCAUAAGACGAAUGACAAGUCAGCAAGUUUAUAAAUAAAAGGUCAGAAGAGAAUAUCAUGUUUCUGUUACCAUAACAUAAAUCCCAUCAUUUUGUUGUCAUGUUUGCUAGAAUGUUAUUGUACAAGGUAAAAUGUUUACAUUUCUAUGUACUGGUUGUGAAUGCAGCAAUAAUAAAUUAAACGUUUGUCCAA